AUGGCCCAAUUCGCUCAGGCACAGCCAUUGCAGGACGGAGGCGACCUUUGGCUGCAGGCUUUCGGAGCAGAAGACGAAGGCUUGACUGAAGAUGCAGUCUGGAAGUCUGGCGGGGUGGAAACAUGGGGUAGCAGCACGGGUGACGAGGAUGAUGAGGAUGACGACGAUGUUGCUGCUGAUGCUGCUGAAACUGCUGAUGCUGCGGACGUUGCUGAUGCCGCCGGCAUUGCUGAUGCCGCUGAUGCCGCUGAUGCCGCUGAUGCCGCUGGCCGCUCUGGCCCUUCGGUCAACGCGGGCGCCGAAAUGUCUGCCAUGUCUUGCGAGGCCCUCAUACAGGCACAGCUGGAGCUGCCAAAGAACGUCUCCAACAAGCAGAAACUGUCCACGCAUUUGGGCAUUCUCGCGUCACAGAACCAGUGGAAGGCGCAGCAGAAACAGAUGCAGAGAGAUGCAACGGAAGAUGGGAGAAGCUCGCUGAGCCGCACUUUGGAAAGCAGAGGCGGAAACGGAAAUCAUGCAAACGCGCCAGGUCCAUCAAUGGCAAGGGUGCAGACUCCCGUUCCACUGCCUACUGUAGCAAUGGCUGCGAUGGGUGCUGGACCGUCUUCGACUAUGGGACCAACACCGACGACAACUAGUACAACAGAAGCCAACAGAUCCGUUGUCAAAAUGACGGUCGUCAGACCGCCAGGUAUGAACAUAGGAGAGGGGCCUUUAUCCCAGCCCACGCCUGUGGUUCCUUCUCCCGAAGUGAGAACCAUCCCGCCCAUGUCACAAGGACAUAGCCAGCAGCAGCAGCAGCAGGAGCAGGAGCAGGAGCAGGAGCAGGAGCAGGAGCAGGAGUCGUCAGAGUCUCAGUUAGAGUCGGAGUCGGAGUCGGAAUCGGAGUCGGAGUCAGAGUCCGAGUUGGAUUCGGAAUCGAAGUUGGAAUCUAUGUCAGAGCCCAAGGAUGAUUCAAAGUCCGAGCCAAAGUCGGAAUCGGAAUCGGAUUUCUCAUCAGCAGCCCCUUGGAGGGGCCCCUCUGAAUCGCCCUGGCCAGAUGUCGCCUCGAGAAACGAGGCGACUGGCUCAUACAAACCACGGCACAUGACCAAAAAAGCUCCAGCACCACGAAACCCCAUCCCACUGGCUACGGACGGCCGGCCCUAUUCGGUUUAUCCGGACGAUAAUGGAAAUUGGAAGUCGACUAGAGGUGCUUUGAUUCCGGCGGGAUAUCAACUGCACAGCGACCCAGAAUUUCCAUUCAUCUGCCCGAUCCGGCAUUGCCGAUGUAUCUUGCGUUCUAUGAACUCACUUGGUAGUCACUUCACCGGCGCCCACUGCUACGCCCUCAUCAAUGACAAUCUAGAUGGGACCUUCACUCAGAUUGGGCCGUACAAGAGUCCGUCAGGAGGUUCACCGUGCAUCGUCAUAUCUCAGAAUCCUCCAGCUGCUGAUGCUCUGCCGCCUGUUGAACCAAAGUUGUCUACUCAGCUUACCAAUGCCCUGGCAGCUGCACAGAAACGGCGAGCAACCACGUCCCUGGGUGCUGCCGGUCCCCAGAAGAAGCAGCUCGUCCCCGACCGCUUGAGCCAUGGACCGGGCCGCGUGACGAGACAUAACAUGGCGCCGCCACCAAAGAUACCGCGGCUGGACCGGGCAGAAAUUGAGAACCCAAUCGAAUAUCUUGCUCAAGCUACUCACGCAGGGCAGCGACGACCUGUAGGACUCGACAUGCAGGCGACGGAGAAGCUCCCCCGAAAAAGAGACCUGCCGGAUUACUGGAUGCGUCAUCAUGGCGGCCGCAUUGUGGACCGCUCGAAUUACAUUUUCGCCUUGUGGUACAUUACGGGCGAUGAGCUGACUGGUCGGCGGACUUGUUCCCAAUCGCAGGGCGGUUCCUUUGCUCGAUUGUCCGACCUGCCGAUCGCGGUGCCUCCCGUGCCGAAUAAAUCCAAGGGAAGAGUCUGGGAGACGGACACGUGUGUGGGUUGUGCCUACCUGUCUUACAAUACGGGAAGAGUGAAUAACUGCUGGCUCCGUAAUCCGAGUUACCUGAAAGGCGUGGCGGAUGAUUCGGAGAAUUUCAUAGUAUCGGAUCUAGUCUCCCCGGCCUCAUCGUCUUUUGCCCCGGAACUUCCUGAGCGAACCCUGGCAAGCCGAAGGGGUGUCCGGCAAAUGGUUGAAGAUCGCCUGCGGGCGGACGAGGAGAGCAGAUCGAAAUUCAAAAUGCCGAAACCGCUGCCCGAGCCGCCAAAGCGGGCUCAGCCCAGGCGGCCAGAGUCAUCAGAUUGCGAGAUGGAGGAGUGGGAGAUGGCACCUGGACGGAUAAUGAACCAAGGUUCUUCACAUAAUGUGGCAUUUUCGGGCUCGUUUCUGAAAUCGUCGACGCCAAUUACCAUAUCACCGGACAUCUUUUUCCAUGUGCUCAUCAUCAACCCAGGGCAGGUUCAUCGUGCAAGCAGACAAAAGGACAGAAUGCAAGUAUUCUCGGUCGCAUCAGGAAAGGUGAAGGUGACAACGGGGGGCAAGGUCAUUCAGUUGGGCCCCAACGGUGCGUUUCCCAUUCGGCCUGGAGACACUUGCACGAUAGAAAACAAACUCUAUCGCGAAGCCGUGGUGCACUGCACAACCGUGAAAGACUACGAAUUGGCACAGGAUAUCGACAGCACUGGGGAAGCGGAAUCAUUUUAA